GCUGCACAUCGCAGACGUUCCCGCGCGCACACACACGCACGCACACACACGGAACCGCGUGCGUGUGCGCCCGCUCGGGCGCCUGGGACCGGGGCCAUGCACACCAUCCACGGGCUGUGCAGGAUCUGCAUUGGACGCAGGCUGCCACAGGUAACCAUCCUUCGAGGAAAGGACGGCUACGGGUUCACCAUCUGCUCUGACUCCCCCGUGCGCGUCCAGGCUGUGGAUCCAGGUGGCCCGGCAGAUCAGGCAGGACUGCAGCAGCUGGACACGCUGUUGCAGCUGAAUGGCCAGCCAGUGGAGCAGUGGAAGUGUGUAGACCUUGCCCACGCCAUCAGGAACAGUCAUAAUGAAAUCACAGUGGUUGUUUGGAGAACGGGGCCGGCGGCAAAGCCCAGUUUUGAAGGCCUGAUCCACAGGCCGUCCUAUAAGCCCACCCACUAUGACCCGCCCCCACCCCCCAGCCGCAGGCGGGACAAGACCCCCCCGGUCCCGCCCCUCCCUGCCCACCACAGGCAGGGCCGCCGCGUGCUGGUCAACGGGUCCGAGGGGGGCGGAUACGUGGGUGGGCCCUGGGGGGAGCGACGGGAUGAGCCGGACAGCAAGGCCAGGACCCAGACGCUGAAGGGCACCCGCGUGACAUCAUCAAGUGGGGACAAGAACUACAUCAUCCUCGCGCCCAUCAAUCCAGGAAGCCAGAUACUGCGGCCCGUGUACCAGGACAGUCAGGCUACCCUGGGGAGGCUGUACCACACGCGCCAGACCAGCGGCCCCCAGCAGGGCGGCGCCAGUCAGCAGGGCUCGGCAGGGCUCCAGGGCAGAACCUCUUUCCUGAGGCGAUCGCACAACAGCAAGACGUCCAAAACGCCACCCGCCGCCAGCUACCCACACAACUCCAAUUACGCCAACUACCAGAACUGCACCAUUGUCAGGUCUCAUUCACCUCACGCCAACUACGGCACCUACGUCAAACUGGCGCCCAAGAUACUCAUCUUCCCAAUAUUCGUGCAGCCUCUGGACCUGUGCAAUCCGGCGCGGUCCCUCAUGCUGUCAGAGGAGAUCAUCCUACACGAGAACAAGCACCUGGCCAUCAAGGUGACGGUGUUCAUCUACACAGACCUGAUGCUGGUGACCCGGGAGGACGAGCCGGGCCGCUGCAACGUGCUGCAGAACCCCCUGUUCCUGCAACACCUCCGGCUGCAGGAGGAUCCUACGGAGGAGCUGAGGUUCUACAUCAUUCACAUGACGGAGAAGUGUGACUGCCUGCUCAGUCUGGAAGCGUACUCGGCCGAGCAGAAGCGGAGACUCUGCCAGUGUCUGCGGGACAACAUCGAGAAGCAGCUGCAGCUUCAGCUUCAGCGGCGGGAGACGCUCGGCCACUGCGACCAGAUGCUGGAGCCCAAAGUGGACGAGCAGUGUGACCUGGGGGGUCUUCGGAGGGGGGUGGAGGAGCGCUCCCCCGGCAGCCCCCCUGAGCUCCCCCUCAUGGGCAGCCCUCCCCAGGAGGUCCUGACCCCCGUGGAGGAGGUGCGCACCCCGUCGGAGGACGAGCACAAGGUCCCGCCCACUCCGCCGCCAUCCACUGAGGGGGAGGACGGAAAGAGCAUGGAGGGGGACCCUGAGAUGUGGAAGGAGAGAGAGGAAGAGGAGGAGGGGGGGGACGGGGCGAAGGAGGGUGAGAGGGGGGAGGGCGAGGAGAGGCGGCAGACAGACGAGGACAAUGCCUCAGAGGCGGCAGACACGGGCGCCCCGCCGUCCUCCUCCUCCUCCUCCUUCGUCAUCCCGGAGCUGCGCCUGGACCGCUCCUUCAGCGCCGAUGCCCUGUCCUCCCCGGCCACCGACGAGGAGUACGAGGAGGACGACGAAGACGAAGACGAUGAAGAUGAGGAGGAUGAGGAAGACGAGGAGGAAGAGGAGGACAGCGACGACAACUACCUGGAGCGCAGCGACAGCAAGCGGCGCAGCAUGGUGGAGGCGUCGGCCUGCGAGAAGCACGGCGGGGGGCUGAGUGUGCAGAACUCGCUGCGCAGACGCACCCACAGCGAGGGCAGUCUGCUGCAGGAGCCACGCCCGCCCUGCUUCACCUCCGACAACGCCAUCAACUGCCUGGACACCGGCGGCUCCCGCAAGGCCGGCUGGACCCUCCCCUCCCCGAAAACCCUGAAGAAGGAGCUGACCAAGAACGGGGGCUCCAUGCACCAGCUCUGCAUGCUUUUCUCCGGGAGGAAGCUCAGCGGCGGAUCGGAGUGCAGUUGUGAAGUCGGGCCUGACGGCACCAAGAAGAAGAAAUCCAAGAACCUGGCCAAAGACAUGAAGAACCGUCUGGCGUUCCUGAGGAGGAAGAAUGAGGCUCCGGGAAGUGCUCCGGCCGGGAAGCUGGACAAAGCCAUGAAAUCCGUCAAGCCCAGCCCUGAGGAAGCACUGAAGUGGGGAGAGUCCCUGGAUAAGCUGCUGGUCCACAAAUAUGGCCUGGCCGCCUUCCGAGCGUUUCUGCGCACCGAGUUCAGCGAAGAGAAUCUGGAGUUCUGGCUGGCGUGCGAGGACUACAAAAAGAUCAAGUCUCAGUCCAAGAUGGCAUCCAAAGCCAAGAAAAUAUUCGCAGAGUACAUCGCCAUCCAGUCUUGUAAAGAGGUGAACCUGGACUCCUACACCAGGGAGCACACCAAGGAGAACCUGCAGGAGGUGACGCGCUCCUGCUUCGACCUGGCCCAGAAGCGCAUAUACGGCCUAAUGGAGAAGGACUCCUACCCGCGGUUCCUGCGCUCUGAACUCUACAUGGACUUAGUCAACCAAAAGAAGGCCAGCUCGGCGUCCACAACGUCGUCGUCGUCGUAGAAACAACCGCGAGGGCAGAGAGACUGAGACUGAGAACAGAGACUUGAAAAAACAAAACAAAAAAGAAGAAGCAG